ACUGUUCCGCCUGGGUUUCCUUUAUGAUCACGGGAUCUCCCGUACCUUACAGCAGACUUCACUUGACAGCUGAUAGACACACACCCUCUCUCUCUCUCUCUCUCACACACACCUCUCGAACGACGCACUCUGCACCGCGCACUCCAGACCUGAACGCGCUUGGAAGUUGGCGGUGCGAGUUCCACUUUUACGCGUGAGGAUAUCCACCAAGAAAGUGCACUUGUUUUGAGGGGAUAGUUGCCAUAUCCACCGUCGCUGCCUAUAGAUACCCUCUGUUUGAGCGAUUUCUGCGUCGACACCUCGUCCUCCACUGCAGCCAUGUCCGAGGUCCUGCCGUACAGCGAGGGGAAAAUGAGCGGAUACGGAGGUGACAACGAUGUGAGCCAGAUGUCCUUCAGCUGCGGGCUGCAGGACACCAACUCGUUUUUCGGUGCGUCGCAGGCGAAAAGACCCCCGAAACUUGGACAGAUCGGAAGAGCGAAGAGAGUGGUCAUCGAGGACGACCGAAUAGACGAGGUGCUGAAAGGUAUGACCGACAAAGCGUCACCGGGCGUUUAAAGCCGAACAAAGCCUUGCAGACAUUUCAAUUUUUUCACCGAUUUGAAGCACUUGUCGGUUGCGCAUGUGAAGACGAUUGCAAAGAGAUGGAGGGGUGAUGGCACGACGCUCGAACCAAGAGGAGACCUAAAGGGAAAGAAAUUUAAACGAAGGAGAAAUGGAAAGAUCAAAAUUUACUUGGGGUUUGCUGGCAAUUCUCCAAAAAAGACACCCGAAUGAAAGCUUUAAAGUUGAUGUCGGGGACGGUGAGGAUGCGCUCUCGAGGCUCAUGUGAAUAAACAUGGAUGGACUUGUCAUUGUAAUUCCACAACCAUCAUCUUCCAGAAGCGCUGUAAGCAAAACGAAGUUCAACCUAAGACUGAAUCGCAUCUUAAGCUCUGUUACUAUAGCUGUACAGUAUCUUAGCUCAAAGACCUUCUCGUUAACACACACACAGAUCAACCGACAAAGGCGCAUUUACGGAUCCGCAUUGAGCGUCGAUUGCUGCUUUUUAGAGACACUUAGAUGCACAAAGACAUUUACCAAACAUAAAGAUAACUGAACUUCUAUACGUAUGUACACAUAUGGUGCAAUGUGAAUAUUUUCUUUGGCUCUUUUGCAUCAGUUUCCUUUUCAAAAAUUGAGUAGCCUAUAUGAUCAUGCACAUGCCCACAGGUGUUGACGCGUGUAGUCUUUGCGUUUUUUUGGUGGUCUGUUGUUUUGCCCUUCACUGCAGCUGCUUUUGCGCAUCACCGCACCUGCGCCACGGAUACGCAUCAUCAUCACCACAGCACAGAGGAACAUUGUGCGUUACGCCCUCGUGUAAUUAACCCGACAUGAACACGUCUUGGUUUCCUUCAAGUGUUAUUUUUUGAUGAUGUUUAUCAUCAUCAUCUCACCUUACUCUGUUUUGUCCAUCUCUUUGCAUGAACUUAUACUUCGGUGCCAACAAAGGUGCCACCACGAAUCUUACCCUGGCACGCUUCUUUUUAAAAAGUCAUUUGUAUUUUUAUAUCUUAAUAUUUGUUAUUUAAAAUGAAAUGCUAUAUGUCGUCCCAAUAAUUCAUAAGUAAUGAUGUUUAUAUUUCAAAGAAAUAGAUCUUAGGGGCGAGAGGAUUAUUUAGUUUUUAUUUAAUAAAAAAGACUUAAUGAAUGAAUGUUUCUCGGGUUUUUUGCACACAUCCGUGUUGAACUACUGUUAUAUGGAAAUCGUAAACUGUGACUUGAGCUUUGUUGAUAAAUUUGUUAGAAAGUGGCGAUAUUAGAAAUCUACUGCACUGUUUACUAAUAUCUUCAAAUAACGCGUUUGGUCAUUAAGUUUGUGUUUCUUUUCUAUUUCCCUUUUUCAGUUUUGUUUGUUUUGUACCAUUAUUCUAAAGAAACUGACUAUGGUUUGUUGUGCAUGAAACCUUUUCAAUAAUCGAGCAUCGUUUUAUUAAGCAAAAAGCAACAAAAAAUGUCAUGACAUUCUAAGAAUGAAUCAUUGCAUAUUACAAUACCAUUUUCACUGUAUUUGGUGAAUUAAUAAAUGGUGGAACAUA